AUGGCGACACCAGAUCAGCGAGAGGAAUGGGCGACUUUGCAGGCAUCUGCUCCGCAGAGAGGGAAGGGGAAACCGUCACCAGAGGAGAUCGAAGCGGCCAGGACGCACAGCCACGCGUGCAAGGCAUUUCUGAGCGGCCUGUCGCCCGAGGCGGUCCAGGAACUGACGGGGAAGAAGAAAAAGCCCGCGGACGAGGCAACGCUCCAGCUCAGCGCCACGGGUGCACACGCUGGCAGCGCGGAGAACGCGACAGGUCAGCACUUCGAUUAUUUCCUCGUGGUGGACUUCGAGGCAACCUGCAACGCGGAGCAGAGGGGCGAAGGGGCCCUCACCCCGCAGGAGAUCAUCGAGUUCCCCGUGGCCCUCCUCAACUCCGCCACCCUUGAGGUCGAAAGCGUGUUUCACUGCUUCGUGAAGCCCGUGGUCCACCCGAGACUGACGGACUUUUGCACCGAGCUGACGGGCGUCACCCAGGAGCAGGUCGAUGCCGGUCUGGAUUUGGGCGAUGCACUCGAUCAGCUGGACCGUUGGAUGGAGCACCAUUGCUUGCACGUCGUCGCCGUCCCCGCGGAGCGGCGGCGCAGUUUCCUCUUCGUGUCCUGCGGCGACUGGGACCUGAACCACCUCAGGAGCCAGUGCAAGAAGCAGCAGCUCGCGGCGCCGCAGUGGAGCCGCAGGGUCUGCAAUCUGAAUCUUAUGUCUCCCCGAUACAUGUACGAGAGGGUAUUCGGCACGAGGCAGGUCGGCAUGAUGGGGAUGCUGCAGGGCCUGUGCAUCACGCACACCGGCAAGCACCACAGCGGGAUCGACGACGUGCGCAACAUCACCGCGAUCCUCCAGAAGCUGAUCGAGGAGCACGGGGUCACCAUCGGGCCCACACCUGGCUCGCAGGCGGUGCACGCCUUCCUGGGGCCCAGCAGCGCGGCUCUCGGCCUGGUCCCGCGCGUCGUUGCCACGUCCGCAUGCCCAGCGCGCCCUGUGCUCGCCAGCGCGCCUUCGGCGCAGGAGAACAGGAGAGCGUCGCCGAAGCAGGGUCUGUGCGCAUAG